CGGGCCGGCUGAAGUAGCCUAGGGUGGAAUUACUCCAUCUCGGUGUCCGUGGAGCAGCUUCGUGGAGAAAGCAGAUAGCCGGGGUAUGGCCGGGGUGGAAUAUUGCUUGCUCCCAACCACCCCCGACUGGUGCAUCUGAAAAAGGACUCUGCUCCCUGGGCCCAGUUAAUGGCCUGGCAGCAUCAAACUCCACAGUCAUGGUGGGGCAACCUCUGGCUCUCCAGGUGUUGCAGGACUACAACUCCCAACACCAUCCCAAUGGGCCACUGGCUGCAGUAGCUGGGUCUGAUGAGAGCUGGGUGUCCAACAACAUCGGAGGGGGGAAUUGGAGAGGUUCCCCAUCCUUGUCCUACUACAUCAUUGCUAAAGCUAAGCUGAUGUGGCUCUGAUGCUUCCUUUAGAUGGGAGACUUCUGUGACCACCAUGUGACAGAAGAAGCCAAUAAAAUAAAUGCUCACAGCCUGUGUGGUUUCUUUGGUCAUCCAGCUGCAAGACUAGAUUUAGUGAUUUAGUCCCUGGCUGUCACUGGGAGUGGAGCUGUCAUGUCUCUAGCCAAAGCCCCUCACUCUUAUUCUGCCUCCCCCUCCACUGUAGGCCAUGUGAAGUUUACCCUGCUCUCAUAGACCUUCACCCUGACCAGCCGGGUGUCAUGGGGUUCCUUGGCUCCAAGAGCUCUUUGCUGGCUUUCCACCUGGGCCUCAUCGCCGGCUUUGUCAGCACUUUCUACCUUGUGGGCAAUCUGACGUGGGAAGGGCCCCCACGCCUCGGCACUCAGCUGCCACGUGACUUCAAGGCUUCUGAAUGGAUUGUGGAUAGAUCAGCUCUCUUCAGUGUGGCACACCCACACCUGGCAGGCGAAGAGAGCAGGAUGGCAGAUGAGCUGUACAACAAGGUGCGGAUCCUGUGCUGGGUGAUGACAGGCCCCAGUAACUUGGAGACAAAGGCUCGCCACGUCAAGGCCACCUGGUCUCGCCACUGCAACGUGGUCCUCUUCAUGAGCUCGGUGCAAGAUGACAAGUUCCCCACAGUCGGGUUGGAAACCAAGGAAGGCCGGGACCAGCUCUACUGGAAAACCAUCCGGGCUUUCCAGUAUGUGCACCAGCACCACUUCACACAGGCGGAUUGGUUCCUCAAGGCCGAUGACGACACCUUUGUGGUAGUGGACAACCUCCGGUGGCUUCUCUCCAACUACACCCCUGAGAGGCCCAUCUAUUUUGGGAAGCGCUUCCGGCCCUUUGCCAAGCAAGGCUACAUGAGUGGGGGUGCCGGCUACGUCCUCAGCAAAGAGGCCCUGCGGCGCUUUGUGGCUGGCUUUGAUUCCAAGGUGUGCAGCCACACAACCUCAGUGGAGGACCUUGCUUUGGGCCAAUGCAUGGAGAAGAUGGGUGUGGAGGCUGGGGACUCCCGGGACACGGAAGGGAGAGAGACUUUCCAUCCUUUUGUGCCAGAAUCUCACCUGACGGAGAAGUUCUCGAAAAGCUUCUGGUACUGGAACUACUGCUAUUACCCUAUUGUGGAGGGUCCUCAAUGCUGCUCUGACCUGGCCAUCUCCUUCCACUAUGUGAGCUCAGAGGGGAUGUACACCCUGGAGUAUCUGACCUACCACCUCCGUUCCUAUGGCUACCGGUAUCGCUAUCAUCCGCCUUUGCCUGAGAACGCUGCUCAUCUUCAGCCCCGCCCUUGGGGGGAGGCUCCAGAGAGGGCCAACAGUACCAUGCUGCAGACUGAGAAGAAGAUGUAGGGGGCAGACACUUGAGGAAACCAGCCCAGCCAUCCUUUGAUGAGACUGGAUAUCAACCCGUGCCUCAGUUCCACUGCGCCCUGUGGUCCAUAGACCAUUUCUCCUUAAGGGGCCAUCUCUACAGGGAAAAAAAAGCAAGAAUUGAACAGGCCACAAGCCAAGAUCUUUCUAUGUAUCCCCCAAGGGUGUGUGUGUGAGAGAGUGCUCAUUUGUACAUGCCAGACAAGGGUGUUGCAUGUGGCAAAGGAGUGUUUUUCCUUGAUGUGCGAAGAUCAGGCUUAGCGUGGCACUGCUUUGCCCAUUUCAUGUUCACUUGCACUCCUGCUGCCACCUGCAGAUCCCCAAGCCUUCCGUCUGAUGUGUGGUGGAAGAGUGAGUUUGGUGUCAUGCUUAGUAUGCGUUCUUGAUGCAGUGGGGCAUGGAAACCUGGUUCCAAGGUGGUGGAGGGGAGGGGAUAUAUAGGCAGUGGAGUCUGGCCCAUUAGGGCAAAUGGGUCACUGCCCCACUAACCUCAGUCUGCCCUCAGCCACCACCCCCACAUGCCUGCCUUAUUGACCUACAACCAGGCCAGAGGGUGGCCUUGGCUGUUGGUUUCCUUCGCCUUAGUCUCAGUGUUGCCCUUGUAGAACUCAGCAGAGAGGAGGAGGACAUAGGCAAAACUAGAGUUAGAUGGCCCUGACCGUCAUUGGCUCUGGCUCCACCUACUGUUGGCUUUCCUCCCUUUCAACCCACCAGUCCCAAUGGGUACCAGCCCCCACAUAGGGGCUUUUAUUGGUAGACACCUCUUGGAAGGAAGAGCAGGACUCGCAAGGAUGUGGUUCCUGCUGCCACCUCCUGAAUGGGGUGCAAGUUGCGUGACUAUAGAUUGUUCGAGUAGGGUACCAUGGAGUGGCCUGGGUUUUGCCACUGUAGGAAGAUUAGCAAGGAUCCUGGCUGGUCAGUGGUUAGUACCAUCGUAGUAAGAGGGACUCUAGCACUACAAGGUAGACAGGGGACCUCAGGCAAUUUGCACUCUUGCAAGCCGUGUUUGGUGUCUCACAAUUAUUAUCAUUAUAGGAUGAAUUGCUUGGUGGUUCUGUACAUCUCUGUGUCUGCAAUUUUUCCCAUUAUUAGGUUGCUUCAUAUUAAAUCCUAAUAACGAGGCCAUCUACCUUUAACGUAAAUGGGGCUUGGCAUGUUGCAACUCAAUGUUCUUUAACCUUGUGUCCCCAGAAGUUGCUGGACUACUUUCCCAUCAACCCCAGCCUUAGCCCAAUGGUCAGGGAUGAUGAGAGUUGUAAUUCAACAGCAUCUGGGGACCCAAAAUUGACAGUUCUGUUCAGACUGAAGGAGGUGAGUAGCUAAGCCAGGUGGGAUGAGGUGAGAAAAUAUGUUUUGUUGCACCUUGCACAAAUACAGUGGCUGUGUGGGCCCCUGUAGACCAUUGACCUUCAGCUGAUGAGUCAGGACCAAGAACUAAUGAUGUGUGAACUCCCCCCUCCCGCCACAACUCAAUUCAGAAUUGAACUCAGCAAAUCAAACUAUUGUAUCUAUGAAAAUAGCUCUUUUUUUCCUGACCCCCAUUCGAAAACUCAGACACUGGUGGCACUCCCAAUGAUGUGGAGCAGGAGCCGAAUGCCUCCUUUGACUCCUCCGGCAAGCCCCCGAUCCACCUGCCUCCCCUUUGUUUUCCCACUUGCCAAGUAGCAAUGACAGGUAUUGGCAGGAGAUCUUGCUGGAGGUCUCCACCUCCGUAGUGCCAAAAACACAGGGAAGGGCCAUAGCUCAGUGGUAAACCAUCUGCCUUGCAUGGCCUCAAGUUCAAUCCCAGCAUCCCUGGGUAGGGUUGGGAGAGACUCCUGCCUGAAACCCUGGAGAGCUGCUGCCAGUCAGUGUAGACAAAACUGAGCUAGAUGGACCAAUGGAUCUGAUUUGGUAUUGGGUAGCUUCCUAUGUUCCUAUGUAUUUUUG